AUGACGAGCAUCCACCACCUCCGCCCCCUCUUCCUCUUCGUCCUCUUGGCGUCGCUACGAUGCGGUAAUGGUGCCAAAACCCUAACCCGCAUCCACAGGGCUCUCCGCCGCCACUGUAGCGUCCGUACUCCGCAGUCUCAGUCUUCGCUCUUGCCUCACUCGCUUCGCGGUCUGUCACUUGAUCCUGUUUCAGGAGCGGCGGCGGCGGCGGCGGCGGCGGCGGCUGGAUACGGAGGUGGCGCCGAGGGGUUCUGCUCGGCGGAGCCGUCGAGCGAGUGCUCCGGGGGCCAGCCGCUCUACUGGAAGGUCACCCAUCCUACCCUCGCGCCCACGCACCUCCAAGAUUUACCUGGCUUCACACGUAGUGUUUUGAAAAGGGAUCAUGCUUUAAUAACACCAGAGAGUCAUGUAUUCGGUCCUUUGCCUGAUUGGAUCAAUACCUUAGGAGCAUAUUUGAUCAGUCCAGCUAUUGGUGCACACUUCACUAUGUAUCUGGCAAACAUGCAAGAUGGUUCAAAAUCAGCCCUACCACCGAAAGAUGUUGAAAGGCUCGUUUUUGUACUACAAGGGAGCAUUUCAUUGACAGUGGGGACUGGGACUACCCAUUCUCUGCUGGUGGAUUCCUAUGCAUAUCUUCCUGCAAACACAAAACAUUCUAUGAUCUCAGAUGAACCAACCACUGUUGUAAUAUUUGAGAGGAGGUACAGUGCCAUCGAGGAUUCCCAUCCUGAUCUAAUUGUCGGUUCAACAGAUAAGCAACCCCUUCUUGAAACCCUGGGAGAGGUAUUUCAACUGAGGAAGCUGCUGCCAACUUCUCUGUCCUAUGACUUUAAUAUCCAUAUAAUGGACUUUCAACCAGGCGAAUAUCUCAAUGUAAAGGAGGUUCAUUAUAAUCAACAUGGACUUCUUCUUUUAGAGGGGCAAGGAAUAUACCGACUGGGGGAGAGUUGGUAUCCCGUGCAAGCAGGGGAUACCAUUUGGAUGGCACCGUUUGUUCCUCAGUGGUAUGCUGCCCUUGGUAAGACAAGGACGAGAUACUUGCUGUACAAAGAUGUCAAUAGGAAUCCAUUGAUAUGA